AUGGCUUUGAGUUAUAAUGCACGAGGGUUCCUUCUGCUUCUAGCUGCUGCCUCUCUACUGGCAGCGAGCGAGGCCAGAACCCUCGUCGUUGGAGGCUCUGAAGGCUGGCGUUAUGGCUUCAACUACACCGAUUGGGCUUUCCAAAACAGCCCCUUCUACAUAAAGGACCAAUUGGUGUUCAAGUAUGAGAACGACUCUGGUUACAGCGUGUACCAGCUCCCAAACCUGUGGAGCUACAUAAAGUGCGAUUUCAGCAAAGCCAAGCUGUUGGCAAGUGAGACGCAGGGAACUGGUGAGGGCUUCAAGGCUGAGCUGACUGAGUGGAGGCCAUCUUACUUUGCCAGUGGUGGGAAGGAUGGCAAGAACUGCAAGGAUGGGCUCAUGAAGCUGUUUGCGGUCCCACUGCCACGUUGGAAUUAA